AUGAGCGACGGUAGUAGUAGUCGGUCCCCUAGUGGUGGGAUAUCUUCAGCAUACCGCGGUGUCCGCAAGCGUAAAUGGGGGAAAUGGGUGUCAGAAAUACGGGAUCCGGUUACCAAAACCCGCAUUUGGCUAGGGAGUUUCGACACACCUGAAAUGGCAGCGGUUGCAUAUGAUGCAGCAUCCCUUUAUUUCCGGGGAGACUCUACUACCCGCCUUAACUUUCCACAUAUGGCAACCUCUCUUCCACGGCCAUCUAGCUCAAGAGCCGACGACAUACGUGUGGCCGCUCAUGAAGCUGCUGCACUAAUGAAGCCACCUGCUGCUUCCACUUCAAGCACCAGCUCCAGCAGUACUACUAGCGGCGUCCCCACAAACAUUGGGCUUUCGGCUAGUGAGAUUCAGGCUAUCAAUAAUGAGUCACCAUUAUUUGAUAAUUAUUGUUAUUCCCACGAAACAACGUGGAUUAUGGACGAAUAUAACAACAACAACGUUAUUGAUAAUCAACAAAUUAUAAUGUACUUUCCACCCGAAAAUUCUACCAACUUUUAUCAUAAUAACAACAACAACAACAACAACAACAACAACUGGGAUGAUGAAGUACCUGAUGAUUCUCUUUGGGAUCUUCCUUAA